UAAGUGGGCGGAGCCAAUGUAACAGUCACAUGACCCGCGCAGAGCCAGACUGACCAAUUUCAAUAUGGUGGCCAGCUUGGCAGGUCUACGGUUGCUGUUGAUGUUAUUGUUGUUGUUUGGGAUCAGGUACGGCGCCUGUAGCCAGGAAGGUCCGCUAAUCCUGGGGCUACGACUGGAAGAGCCAUCGGGUCUGGUGUGCAUGAAGGACCGAAUCAUCUCGGCGUCAGAAGGAGCCACGUUCAAGCUUCGUCUCUUCGGGGCUGAUCUGAAUAGAACCUGGCCGUGGGUGGCGUUUGCUGGGGCAUCGGUCGGGAAUGCGCUCGACCCCUGCUUUCAGGAAUCCAGCCGUCAACAAUCGGCUUUCCAGGUGACGGGGGAGUUCAUGCAGAAUGAGGUAAACAGCGGGCUGGUGACGGUGGAGGUCCAGAGAAAGAGCAUCUCUGCGGGAGCAGCUGACGACCAGCAGAUGUACCACCUGUGUGUACUGAGUGAAGGCAAGUGGGCAUCCGCGGGCGCUGACAGACUGCGGAUAAACACCGAAUGUUGGCCCAAAGACUACCCUCCCCCCUGGGCUCUGGCCGUGCUGAUAGUGCUGCUGCUUCUUCUCUGCACGUUGUUCAGGACAGUGAACCUGAGCCUGCUGUGGCUGGACCCCGUGGAGCUCUACGUCCUCCACAGCUGUGGCUCCGAGGAGGAGAAACGGGCCGCUAAGCGCCUGGAGCCACUCAGGAGGAGGGGGAACUUUCUGGCGUGUUCCCUGCUCUUCCUGUGCGCUCUGGGACACUCGGUGCUUGGUGUCCUUCUCUUCAAGGCCCUGGGCUCCAUCGUCUCAGCGGUCUUCACCAGCGCCUUCCUCAUCUUCUUCCUGGCUGAGCUGGGCCCUCACGUCCUGUGUUCUGGUUACGGCUUCCAGCUGGCACCGGGUCUGACCUGGCUGGCUCAGGUUUGCAUGGUGCUCACCUGUCCACUGUCCUGUCCCCUGGGGCUGAUCUUGGACCUGGGGCUGAGGAGGGACAUCAGCACCUGUGGAAUCAGAGAGCGGGCCAUGGAGAUGAUCCGGGCCAACAUCAACGACCCUUACAGUGAAUUUGUGAAGGAGGAAUUCAGCCGUGGGACCCUGCGCAUUAAAACAGUGGAGGACAUUCUGACCCCUCUGAAGGACUGCUUCAUGCUGCCCAGCUCGGUGGUCCUGGACUUCUCUACCAUGUCAGAGAUCAUGCAGUGUGGAUACACCAGAGUGCCUAUUUAUGAGGAGGAGAGGUCCAACAUCGUGGAAAUACUGUACGUAAAGGACCUGGCCCUGGUGGACCCAGAAGACUGCACCCCCAUGAGCACCAUCACCAAGUUCUACAAUCACCCACUGCACUAUGUCUUCAAUGACACAAAACUGGACGCCAUGUUGGAGGAGUUCAAGAAAGGUAACUCACACAUGGCCAUUGUCCAGAAGGUGAACAACGAGGGGGAGGGAGAUCCCUUCUACGAGGUGCUGGGACUGGUCACCUUGGAGGAUGUCAUUGAGGAGAUCAUCAAAUCUGAAAUCCUGGAUGAGUCUGACGGCUACUUGGACAGGAAGGUGAAGCGGCCCCUUCCACCGCUGGAGAUUCCCUUAGAGCCACGCACUGUCCACGAGGAGUUCUCUCUUUUCAAAACCCCCGAGGGAGAACCCAAGAUCCGCACCUCGCCGCAGCUGCUGCUGGCUACUCACCGCUUCUUGUCCAGAGAAGUGGAGCACUUCAGCCCCGGGCGCGUGUCAGAGAAGGUCCUCUUCCACCUGCUCCGUCACCCCACCGUUAACCAGGAAGUGCACUUUGACCCAAGCAACCGUUUGAGCCCCAACCAUUACCUCUACACCCGCAACCACCCUGUGGAUUACUUCAUCCUGCUGCUGCAGGGUCGUGUGGAGGUGGAGAUCGGAAAGGAAGGGCUCAAGUUUGAAAACGGGGCAUUUACUUACUACGGGGUUUCUGCUCUGACGCUGCCAUCCUCAGUGCACCAGUCUCCGGUGUCGACCCAGCGUCACUCUCCCAGAGAUCCCUUCGAGGCAGCGUCAUCAGACUCCACCAACCUGUCAAGUUACUGUCCUGACUACACUGUCCGAGCGCUCACUGACCUGCAGCUCAUACGAGUGAAUCGUCUCCAGUAUUUGAACGCUCUCAGGGCGUCUCGUGAGGGCCUGAGUCCAGACCCUCCAGAGAUUAAGAUCCUGCCCAACAGUCAGACGAAACUUCUCAACGACAGAAACACCACACAAGAUUUUCCUCUAUCCAUGUCAUUCUUCGAUACCAUUGAGAACUACUGUUAGGGCUUUAUUUCAUGUGCAUGAGGUGGCAGUGAAACCCAGGAGGGCUCCACAGAAGAGGAGGCUUAUGGGUAGAGUGCUUCCAUCUACCCACUGUAAAAAGAUGAAUGAAAUAAUUUUGUUUUCAUUUUUUUAUAGAUUUAAAUCUAUAUAUAUGUAAAUUGAUGAAUCACCUAUGGCUGGAACGUAGUGAUUGGACAUGACUGGAGUGAGAGAGUGAUUGAAAUUUUUUUUUGUUUGUUUGUUUAUGAUUACGCAUCCAUCUUCCAUUCCAUCAUACACCCACAGCCACACACACAUGAUCAUUUUUUAGUUGUGCCUUUCUUGCAGAUGAGGAGGUUCUGUACACUGUCAUUCCUUCUGUUGUCUUGGUGCCAAAGCUCUGCUGUGUGUGCACGUGUCAGCUCGCACUCAUUUGUGACGAUCAGACAUAUUAGUUGAUAAAAGUGCAUGUGUACAUUAAAGUUGUGCACGGUGGAUCAUGUUCAAAUAAUAAUUAUUUUUUACUAAAUAUUUUCUACUGCCCACCUGUGGUACAACUCAGGUUUGCUAUUUUAGUAAAUUAAAAAUUUUGCUUAAAACCUUUAAUGAUCUUAUAAAAAAGUAUUAAAAUAAACUUUAAUACAAGUACAUCUAGAUUCUGGGUUCUGAAUAAUUUGUAUUAGUAUUAGUAUCAAAAUCAGUUACGUCAGUUACUGUUCUGUGAAAAUGUUUUAUCCAUCUCCCUCUUUGUCUUGUGUUUAUAUUCAACUCUGGCCAAAUUAAAAAAAAUUCUCAGAGAAGUUUUGCCAGCAGGACCAAGUGUCAACAUUCACCAGUAAAUCUUUUCUUUUAUUAUUAUAAUAUAAAAUGAGAAAAAAAGACAGUGAUGAAUUAACAUGAUGAGAUUAUUGUGAAUAGAGAAAACGUCUUCAAAACUGCAGUGCAGUUUACCAACAUACAGUCCUGGUGAUUUGUAUUAUUAUUAUUUUUAAAUGUCAGGUCUAAAUCUCAGUAAUCACUUUUAAAAACGAUCCUAUCGCCCGGAUCACCACUGGUUGUCUCCAACUCAAAAGUGUUGUCAAUGAGUGAACUUCACAGUUCAACUCUUGUUUUUACAGACAGACGAACAAAAGAAGGCAAAAAAACCCAAACAAACAGUAUAUUAAAAUCUGGAAAAAAUUAUCCACACUAUUCCCCAGUAAUACUUCCUCAUACUCUUUGGGGUCUGCACACUCUAUAUUUCAGCCAAUCUGCCAUUAAUUUGACAUUCAUGUUGGAGUACAUCCAAAAUGAUGGCGCGUCAUUUAAAAAAAAAA